AUGGCUGCGCUUGGAAUUCGGGAAUUCCUAGUGGCGGCUCUUGUUUUUGUUCUAAUUCACUAUUGGAGGGUCAAUAGACACACCCCAAUGGCUUACUGGCCCAUUCUUGGAAUGCUACCUAGUUUCUUGCUCAACACCCCCAUCAUCUUUGAUUAUAUAACUUCAAUUUUGAAACAAAAAGGAGGAACUUUCAUGUUUGAAGGACCUUGGUUAUCAAACAUGAAAAUUCUUUUCACUAGCGAUGCAUUGAAUGUGCAGCACAUCACAAGCACAAAGUUUGAAAACUAUGGAAAAGGGAAUGAUUUUAGGGAGAUUUUUGAGGUGUUAGGAGAUGGGAUUUUUAGGUCUGAUUCCCAAUUAUGGAAGUAUAAUAGAACUUUACUUCAUUCUAUUUUUAAGCAGUCACAAUUUCAGCUAUUUAUUAAUAAAACUAUCAUGAAGAAGAUAGAUAGUUGUUUACUUCCAUUUCUUGAUCAUGCAUGCAAAGAAGGAAUGGAAGUAGACCUACAAGAUGCUUUUCAAAGGUUAACCUUUGACAACAUCUGCUCCAUAGUCUUAGGAUUUGAUCCUAAUUGUCUUUCCAUUGAAUUUCCAGAAGUAGCAUGUGAGAGAGCCUUCAAUGAAGCAGAGGAUGCCAUACUCUAUAGACACGUAAUGCCAAGAUGCUUCUGGAAGCUGCUCAAAUGGCUUCAAGUUGGAAAAGAGAAGAAGCUCAAAGAAGGCCAGGAAAUUGUUGACAAAAUGUUGUACGAACAAAUUGCAUCCAAAUGCAAAAUGCAAAGCCAAAGUAGCAUCCUAGGUGAUGAUGAGUCUCAUUUUAACUUGCUAAAUGUUCUUUUAAACAGUGAAGUAGGAAAAGGAAAAAUAGAUGACAAGUUUAUGAGAGACACAGCAAUAAAUCUCCUAGCAGCUGGGAGAGACACCAUUAGUUCAAGUCUCACUUGGUUUCUUUGGCUAGUUGCAACACACCCGUCUGUGGAAGCUAUGAUUCUUGAAGAGAUUCAAAAACAUUCACAAGGUAAUUGGAAAGAUUUAGGUGUGAAAGGGCUUAGCAAGUUAGUUUACUUACAUGCAGCUGUAAGUGAAGCCUUGAGGCUUUAUCCUCCUGUACCUUUUGAGCACAAGUGUGCAUUGAAAUUUGAUGUGCUUCCAAGUGGUCACAGGAUUAAUGCAAAUACCAUGAUAGUAUACUCUUUGUAUUCAAUGGGGAGGAUGGAGGAAAUAUGGGGAGAAGAUUGCUUGAAAUUUAGACCAGAGAGGUGGAUUUCUAACAAAGGAGGGAUCAUUCACAUGCCUUCUUACAAGUUCAUCGCUUUCAAUGCCGGACCAAGAAGUUGUUUGGGUAAGGACAUAAGCUUCAAUGAAAUAAAGAUGAUUGCUGUUGCUAUGCUGUGGAAUUAUCACAUCCACUUGGUGGAAGGCCACCCCAUAACCCCAGGUGUAUCUGUUGUCCUUUAUAUGAAACAAGGCUUGAAGGUUAUGCUGACAAAAAGAAGCAUUUGA